AUGAUUUCGAACCCCGAGAACUUUCAGGCCAUUCUGGGUGCGCCGGGGGUGACCGGAAAGACAGUCACAGAUCUACCAGAAGAUGGGCUCAAAGAAUUUAUACAGUCCACCAUUUACAAGAACCAAGAACUCAAAGAACCCUUUUACGUGCUGGACUUGGGCGUGGUCAUUUCCAUCAUGAACAAAUGGACUCGCACCCUCCCCGCCGUUCGUCCUUUCUACGCCGUCAAAUGCAACCCGGACCCGUCUUUUCUCGGCGCAUUGGCGGCUCUCGGAGCAAGCUUUGAUUGCGCCAGCCGGGCUGAGAUCGAGUCCGUUUUGUCGCUCGGAGUCUCUCCGGAUCGAAUCAUCUUUGCCAACCCAUGCAAAUUUGAGUCUCACAUCAAGUACGCUGCCAGGGUUGGUGUUAACCUCACAACUUUCGAUUCCCAAACCGAAAUCGAGAAGAUCCGAAAACAUCACCCGAAAUGUGAUUUAUUGAUUCGGGUCAAAUCUCCAGAUGAUAGUGGAGCGAGAUGUCCCUUGGGUCCCAAAUACGGCGCACUCCCUGAGGAAGUGGAGCCUUUACUCCAAGCUGCACAAGAUGCGCAGCUCAGUGUACUAGGCGUCUCGUUUCAUAUUGGAAGCGGUGCCACGUAUUCUUCUGCAUAUGAAGGUGCUAUUGCAGCGGCUAAAGCCAUAUUCGACUCGGCAUCUCGACUUGGCAUGCCUAAAAUGCACGUGCUCAAUAUCGGUGGUGGUUUCACGGCGGGUCCAAACUUUGAUGAUGCGGCUAAUAUCGUUAAGUCGGCCAUCCAAACUUAUUUUCUAGAUGAACCGGGCUUGACUAUCAUUUCCGAACCGGGCCGUUUCUUUGCCGAGUCGGCUUUCACUCUUGCCACCAACAUCAUUGGGAAGCGCGUGAGGGGCGAGCUAAGGGAGUAUUGGAUUAAUGAUGGUGUUUAUGGGUCGAUGAAUUGCAUACUGUAUGAUCAUGCAAUCCUUAAUGCGACACCAUUCGUGGGCUCAGGGAAUGGUGGUGAUCACACGCGCCAUGAUGCAAAGACUUACUCUUCGACCGUGUUUGGUCCCACUUGUGAUGCACUUGAUACCGUGUUGACAGAUUACCGGCUACCGGAGCUGCAGGUGAACGACUGGCUUGUGUUCCCAAACAUGGGUGCAUAUACAGCUGCUGCCGGGUCAAAUUUCAAUGGGUUCAACACUUCAGCAAUUUCAACCCACCUGGUGUAUUCAAAUUCCAAGCUGACUCGUUGAAGCUUUUGAUUUUUGUUCUUUUGAAGUAGUCAAGAAAUGGAUAUCACGUGUAGAUCCAACAUCGUCAUCACGUAUGUAACCAAUAAGGUUUGGGUCAAAUACGGAUUU